UCUUCACCCAGCGCACCCAUCUCCGUCCUCUUUUUUGCCUCGGCGCGCGAUGCUGCAGGCUCUUUGGAGCUUCCAUUAUACCUGCCCCGCGCUGGCUUUCCCCUGUCGGAAUUGGCCGGUCUGAUCCUGCUCGAACGAAAGGCGGCGCUGGCCGAGGGCAAGUCUGACGACGCGCACACGACGCCCGAUGUGGAAGCGCUGCAGCGCAUCUUAGAGUCGGCUAGGUGGAGCGUGAAUGAGGAAAUGGUCGAUGAGGAUGGCCUUGCGAGCACUUUGUUGAAUGGUGGAGAACGCGUGGCACCCAUUACUCCUGUCAGCGGGGGAUGA